AUGGAUCAUAUUUUCUUCUGGAAUGCUCAAGGAGCUGGGGGUGAAAAGUUCAGGUCCUCUAUCCAGGAUCUUGUGAAGAUGAACAAAGUAGACUUGCUUAUUGUUUGUGAACCUCGAAUCCAGUUCUCUAGUGCUAAGAAAUGCUUACUCUCUCUUGGCUUUACUGACUUCGAAGCUAUGGAAGCUAAUGGAUCUUCUGGUGGCAUUUGGUUUUUGUGGAAUAGAAACAAAAUUACUAUUAAUAUUUUUGAUCCUAAUUUUCAGUCUAUUUCAGUUAAGAUCUCUUGGAAUGGCUCUCAUACUUGGCUUUUGAUGGGGAUUUAUGCUAGUCCCUACAACACUUCUAGAAGUGGACUUUGGACUUCUCUUGAUGAUCUGAUUAAGAAACACAAUUUGCCUUGGAUUUUGGUGGGUGAUUUUAAUGAACUUCUCUCUUUUUCUGAUAAGAUUGGUGGCUCUCAACAUUAUAAAUUUGGGGGUUUUCAAGACUGGGUUGUUAGGAAAGACUUGAUUGACAUGGGCUACUAA